GAGGUAUUACUGGGAAUCACUGGCAAGGACUUCACCAUCAUCGCCGCAUCGAAAGCGGCGAUGCGAGGCGCAACCAUUCUCAAGGCCAGCGAUGACAAGACGCGCACGCUCAACACGCAUACAUUGAUGGCAUUCAGCGGAGAAGCUGGCGAUACCGUCCAAUUCGCCGAGUACGUUCAAGCAAACGUGCAACUCUACAGCAUGCGCAACUCCAACCAUCUCACUCCCUACGAGACCGCCUCCUUCAUCCGCUCCGAGCUCGCAAAGUCACUCCGAUCCCGCAACCCAUACAACGUCAACCUCCUCCUCGGCGGAUACGACACGAUCGCCGACAAGCCUCAGCUCUUCUGGAUCGAUUACCUCGCGUCAUGUGCGCCGCUCCCAUAUGCCGCGCACGGCUACGCACAAUACUACUGCCUCUCAACACUCGACAAGCAUCACCACCCCGAUAUCACAUUUGAGCAGGGCAUGAAGAUCCUCCGAAUGUGCACGGACGAGCUCAAGAGACGUAUGCCGGUGGACUUCAAAGGUGUAUUGGUCAAGGUCAUCACAAAGGACGGUGUGAGGGAGGAGCCAUAUCCAGACAACUUCAAUGUCAUCACGCCGUAG